AUGCAUGGUUACGGGUGCGAUGCAUGGACAAAUACCGUCCACAUUCACAACAAGCGGUGCAUGUUGAAGCAUGCAUUACACAAGAUAAGUAUAUAUAACACGCCCCUAAAGCCUCACAAGGAACCAACCAAAUUACCACCUUCAGAAUAUCCAAUGGCUUCUCUUCACACAGACCUUCACUUUGUAUUGUUUCCACUAAUGGCUCAAGGCCAUAUGAUACCCAUGGUUGACAUAGCCCGAUUACUAGCCGAAUGCGGUUCCACUGUUACCAUAGUCACGACUCCUGUUAAUGCUAACCGUUUCAAACCUGUCAUUGCUCGGGCAGUCGAAGAUAAGCUCAAGAUUCAAUUUCUUGAACUCCAAUUCCCUUCAACUGAAGUUGGUUUACCAGAAGGUUGUGAGAAUUUUGACUUGAUUCCAUCAGCUCAACUUUUCCCUAAAUUGUUUAUAGCUGCCAAUAUGUUAGAGGAACCCGCGGAGAACAAGCUCCGCGGACUAACACCAGCCCCAAGCUGCAUCAUUUCUGAUAAUCUUUUCCCUUGGACAAACGAGAUAGCUCGAAAGCUUAAUAUUCCAAGGCUUGUUUUCCAUGGACCUGGAUGCUUCACGUUCCUAUGCAUACACAUUGCAAUGAAUACUAAUGUAUUAGAUGAAAUCGUCUCUGAUUCGGAGUAUUUUGUGUUGCCUAGCCUUCCAGAUCGCGUUGAACUCACAAAAGUGCAGGCUUCUAGUUGGGGCAGAAAAGAUAAGGAAACAGCGGCUUAUUUUGAAACAAUACGAAAAGCGGAAGAAGCUGCAAAUGGGAUUGUGGUUAAUAGUUUUCAGGAGUUGGAGCCUUACUAUGCUGAAGAACUUGCAAAGGUAAAAGAUAAAAAGGUUUGGUGUAUUGGCCCGGUUUCACUAUGCAACAAAAAUUUGCUAGAUAUAGCCGAGAGAGGAAGCAAGGGAGCCAUUAGCGAACAUGAUUGUUUGAAGUGGUUGGAUUCAAGGGAGCCAGAGUCUGUAAUCUUUGUUUGUUUGGGAAGUCUGGCACGACUUUCUACCGAACAAAACAUAGAGCUUGGUUUGGGAUUGGAGUCAUCGAAGAAGCCCUUUUUAUGGUGCAUAAGACAUGCAACGGAGGAACUCGAAAGAUGGCUUAUAGAAGAAGAAUAUGAAGAAAGGGUGAAAGAUAGAGGGCUAAUAAUCCGGGGUUGGGCACCACAAGUAUUGAUUCUGUCACAUCGAGCCGUUGGAGGUUUCGUAACACAUUGUGGAUGGAACUCGACUCUUGAAGGGAUCUCAGCUGGAGUCCCUAUGGUUACAUGGCCUCAUUUUGCGGACCAGUUUAUCAAUGAAAGAUUUAUAGUAGAUGUUUUGAAAACUGGAGUGAAGAUUGGUGCCGAGGUUCCCGUUAUGGUUGGAGAGCAAGAUAAGUUUGGAGUGGUGGUGAACAAAGAAGACAUUAAACGAUCAGUAGAAGAUCUACUAGACAAAGGAGAAGAAGGUGAAGCAAGAAGAAAGAGAAGUAGAGAACUUGGAGAAAUGGCAAAGAAGGCAAUGGAGGAUGGAGGUUCAUCUCACCUUAAUAUGAGAUCAAUGAUUCAAGAUGUUGUCGAAAUGUUAGGCAAAAACAUAACUCCACCAAAUCAAGAUAGUAUUGUCCAAGAAUCUUAAAUUUUUUAAUGUUAAAAUUUAUUCAAUAAUUUGUUAUUUUUAUCAAAAAAA